UUUGCUAUGCUGCUUUUAGCAACUGUAAUACAGUUCUUUUAUUAGUCGUUAUGUCACUGAAAAAGAAGGUCAGCUCUAGCAAGAAGAGCUCUCAGGCUAACGUUGUGGCAUCCACAAGCUCAGCCUCAGAUAAAACCAGCCCCCUGGGUCCCGACGGAUCAAAGUCACGUCUCCUGGAGCUGUUUUCACUCAUUGAGAAAGAGUUUGAAUCACUUCAUUCUGAGAAUGCAGCACUCAGGGAAAAGGUUGAUACUCUCACUGAGCGUUUGGAUACGCUAGUGAUUGAGAGAACAGCUGCAAUGGCUGAAGCCCCCUCCAUGCCCUCGUCAAUUAGUGCUAGUAUAUUACAAGCACCAGAUACACAGCAGCACUCAUCAACGACUCCACUGAGAAAGAUCAAGUCGUCUGGCUCAACUAUCACUAAGAAGAAGCUAAUGCCAGGAUCAAAGAAGACAACCAGUAAUUUGAAGCAGUCACUCGACUGUUCUUACGUUAGUAGCUUCAAUGGCCAUAAAGAUGGAGUCUGGCACGUAUCAUUCACAAGAAAUGGAGGACAGGCAAUACUUGGAUCUGCUUCAGCUGAUACCACUGCUUCUUUGUGGGAUGUCAAUGCUGGGACGAUGCUAUUGAAGUAUACAGGUCACACUGGAUCAGUAAAUUGUAUCACAUUCCACCCUAUGGAUCAAAUUGCUUGUACUGCAUCUGGCGAUGGAACUGCUCACGUAUGGAAGACAACAGUCACUGCUUUAGGAAAACAACACAUGAAGCAUGAUUCAUCAGGUGAGGAUAGAGGAGGUUAUUCCGAUGAUGAGAUGCUAGACAUUGACUCAAACAGUGUGGCCACUCUAAAGACUCCUUUACUAACACUAGCUGGACAUACAGGUCCAGUAAUGGCGUGUGAUUGGAUGUCCGAAGGUGAUCAACUGGUGACAGCUUCAUGGGACCAUUCGGCUUGUCUAUGGGAUACCCACACUGGGACCACUGUCCAUACACUAAGAGGCCAUGAUCAAGAACUCACUCACGUCUGCACUCAUCCAACACAAAACCUUGUCGUCACUUCCUCUAGGGACACGACUUUUCGACUGUGGGAUUUCAGAGCUCCACCCAUUCACUCCGUCAACGUAUUCCAAGGACACUCAAAAGCUGUUACAUCAGCUGCUUUUAGUCUCAGUGAUGAUGUUGUUAGUGCUUCAGAUGAUCACACUGUUAAAAUUUGGGAUCUACACAACAUGCGUUAUCCUGUUGCUUCCAUUCGUCUUGACUGUGGCAUCAACAGGAUCUCAGUCUCUCACGACCACCAGGCACUAGCAGUCCCAAUGGAUAAUAGUCACAUCAGGCUGUAUGACCUGGGGGGGAACAGGAUAGCUACUCUACCUCAUAGAAAUAGAAAGGAGCAUGUGAGGAUGGUUCACUGUGUUUGUUGGUCACGUGACAGUCAAGUGGCUUCAUCUUCUCCCGGCCGUUGCAACCUCUUCUCCAGUGGAUUUGACUCGAGGAUAAUCGGCUGGAAGGUUCACGCACAAUCAUAGCACGAUGAGCAUUAAUUAUUCUUUUUAUAAAAAUAUCAAUUCUUCCUAUCGCACUACUCCAGGAAAUAAAGAAACUGUGUUACAAAUAUUAACUGAUAAUUACGAUUGAUAUCUUUUAGUUUCUUACGAACUGCAGUCUUGCAUAGUACCUGUAUGUGUAUGUAUAUGUAUGUACAUGAUCAUGUAUAUCUGUUGUCAUGUGUAGGAUGGAACUGUGUCUUGUGACAUGAUAGUAAUAAUAAUAAUAAUAAUGAUGAUAAUAAUAAUGUUGUUGUUGUUGUUGUUAAUAAUUAUUAUUGUUUUAUUUUUGUGCAUGCAUGUAUUAUCACAUGCGAAUUGAAUCAGUACAUUUUGAAUCAAUACAACAUACAAUAAAACUGAA